AUGCUAUCGGCCGCGGUGUGGACGUUCUGCCUGUCAGCAUUGGCACAUGGCUCACAACACACACCCGCAGAUAUCGUUAGGACGAACUUGGAUACGCCGCUUCCCGAACAAGGCCAUCCAAUCCUAAUCCCAGCAAUACAUCCGCAUCUCAACAAACGAGACUUGAACCACCUUCAGCCUUCCAAUGGAACCUCGAUAUUCUUCACAGAAGAUGUACCGGUGUGGCGACGGGAGAAAGUGAUCGCAGCUACCAUCACGGCGCAGACACACUCGUUAGCAGUACCUCUGGAUCAUUCCGAGUGGAUCAAGUCGGUGGUCUGUCGCCAUGACUCCAUGACGAUCCAAUUCACACAUCGGGACGCUCUUGAUCAUGUUCGGGAACGAUGGACAGCUGGAGAAAUCACCUUCAUCUCCGCCGCAGCAAGUUGCAGCACUCCCAAUUCUGGACAACUCGGGUUCUUUCGUGCUUCUGCGCUGAACUUUGAUCCUUGGAAAGCCAUUGCGCAUGCUACAGGCCGACUAAGCGAAUUCAAGGACGCAGUCAGUGACUUUGAUAUCUCCUGGGGUACAUUCGAUACUGGCAGCACAGAUCAGGCGCCCUUGCAGCGUCGCCAAUAUGGUUAUCAAGCGCCCCCAACAAUCCAGCCGGGCAAGUUCCUGCCUUCGUGUGAUGCCAUCCGCAUCGAGAACGCCCCGCGCACGCGCAUCUGUCAUGUCCGAGGCUCGUUGAGGAGGACGUCUCCGCUAAAACGAGCUUAUUCCUCACGAACGUUGACGAAGAAACAAUGCGCACGAGACUGUCUGGCGAACAGCAAAUGUGCAUCAUUCUCGUACUCGCACGCUCGCAAGCUGUGUUCCCUCUACAAGGAUGGUCUGCAAAAGCAAGGCUUCACCGCAGCUAAGAAGACUUCCCAGUCCACGACCUUUUACUACCAACGUAACUGCUGGGGCUGCCAGGAACAGCGCUCGGGAGUUACCACCACCACUUCCUCGACGAGCAAAAAUCCGGCAGCAUCUGUUGAGACUGCGACUUCUGCUGGUCCGGAUGGCAAGCCAGUAUCUUUCAAGGUCUUUCGCGGAUCGUCCGUGGUCGGUACCGUCCUCGAGACUUUCAAUAUCCCACGCAAGAUAAGAGCGCGCGCAGUGCACGACAUCGAGCUCGUCAAGCUCCCUCCCUAUAACGACGACUACAACGUCUACCGUGUCCUCGAGCAGCACCAGCGGUACAUCAUAUGGAACCUCAUCGACCACUGCAACCACUUCGCAGACGCAGAUGACGACGACUCUUUCCACUACCUCGAGUUCUCCACCUCGACCCUCGCUAGCAGCGGUCUGACGGAAUGGACAAUCAUACCUGGCAGUAUAGAAAAAGGCAGUGGUGUGUACGCUCCAGCAGAUGGAGAGCAUUUCGUACACGCAUCAUUCCCGUGGGAUGGAAAUUCUGGUUUCAACUACCUCCAAAUGCUGAUCGGUACCAACGACGACCUAGUGGGCCAAAAGGAAUUCGUCCUCGGCUUCAGCUAUGCUAUUGGUGAACGUCAAGAGUUCGGAGAUGGCACCUGUCAAAUGAGAGCCGACUUUUUCUGGGAUUCCACACCUGCUCCGACCAUCGAGCUUGGCAAAGGAACAGCUGGAAAAUGGAUUCGAGUGGAAAGAGUUGUGAGAACGGACAAGUUUUCCUCGAAUUUCAAAUACCCAAGCCAACUCGACUUCCAGGUGAACUGUACGCAACCAGGACUGACCAAGGUUGACUUAUUGCUGGAUGAUUUUUCGCUCACACAAGGACCCAGGGAGACUUGUGUAACCGUAACACCAGCAGCCGGCACACCGACUUCCACGCAACCCGCCUGCCCCGAGCCAAGCGUCAAUAUACUACAAAAUCCUAGUUUUGAAGAGCCAAUCGCCUCGAUGGGACGAUAUCAAUGGUCCGAUUCUGGCUUCGCGCGUGUAGAGAGCAACUCGGUGUAUUCCGCUCAGGACGGAACAGCCUUCUUCUACAAGGACCCGGCAACACUUAUCUAUCAAAAUCCAGGACUAGUGCUUUUCGGCACGCAACCUAAUAGAGAAUACCGUCUCAGAUUUUACUGGGCGUUCGGAACUCAUCAGACUUGGGCGCCGAAAGGGUGCCUCCUCAGAGUGUACUUCAACACGAACGGCCUGGAGCUUACACAGGCCGGUUUCGAGAGAGCUCGCCUAGAAGUUGAAUUCCAAUGCGGCAAAGGUUAUGAUCACUCCGAAUCCGUGGACUUCUUGCUGGACAACUUUUCUCUCAUGGACCUCAACGAGUGCCGCCCACCGCCGGAUCGCACUGCGCCCCAGGCACCAUCGAAUACGAACACACGAGCGAGCAACGAUCCAACUGCAGCAUGUGGGCGAAAGCCCUCGACAUUCCCGUUGAACGCGAAUGGCAGAGAAGGAGAGGGUGGCAAAUAUUCCAGCACCUACGACUUCUCGCAAACCGUGCUCAACAGCCCCUUCAUUCCAUGCGGGCCGACCUUCGACAACGAGCUGGACAUGGCAUACGGCUUUCACAAGUAUGAGCCCGGCAUAGCGGGAAACGUGACCGGGUUGCGGGAGAAAAUGGGCAUCAUCGGCUUCGAAGAGGGCUGGCCGAUUUCGAUGAUCAUCGAUGGAUUUGCCGGCGCGAUGGGUCUUGCGGCAGCCGCCAAGAAUAUGGCUAAUUUCUUUAAUAAUUUGGAACGGCUUGUCAACAGCGCGAUUGAAACGAUAAAAAUGGUGGUGGAUACCUUCACGACCAUCAGACCCUCUAUUGGAUUUACGAUACCAUUCGACAUGAACCCUUUCAAGGUCGAUUCCUCUUUUGGAGAAGGGAACAGCAUCCCUCUAUAUGCGUUGGAACUCAAGGAAGAAGAGGUGGGUACGGCGGUAUUCUCUGCGGCAAGCUCCAAGGCAAAGGCUAUUGCCGAAAAGUACGCUAUCCAGGAUCCGAAGCCACGAGUAAAUGUCUGGUGCGUGGAUUGCGGCGUGACUGGCUCGUUGAGCGUCGCAGGGACUGCGAGUAUCUCUCUUCUUGAAGGACCCACCUCUCUGGCAGUUGAACUGCAUGGUAACAUCGGCGUGGGCGUCCAUCUUGGCAUCGAAGCUAUGGUCGAAAAGGAGUUCGAAUUUCUCAAGAAACAGCUCUACUCUGCAGGGCUACCGGGCCUUUCGAUUCCUGGUAUCAUCACGCUUGGACCAAUGAUCACUUUAAGCGUCGAUGGCAAAGCUGGGGUGAAAGCCCUGGGUAGGGUCCUUGCGGGUGCGAAACUGGAAUUUCCAGAAAUGAGCGUGGUGUUGGACGUAAUCGACACGAGUAGAACUGGACUUUCAGGCUUCAAGCCCACCGUGACCACGACGUUUGAAGCAGUGGGCGAGCUCGAACUCUCGGCAUCAAUCGGCCUUCCCAUUAGUGUCGGCAUUGGUAUCGACGUGCUUAACGGCCUGUGGACGCAGGGUAUUGCGGUGGUUUCCAGGCCGAAUCUCGGCGCCAAAGCCCACUGGAACACGCCCAUGGCAAAGGAUGAGGACAAGUGUGAUGGUAUCGACUGGGAACUCGGUCUUGGCGUCGACUUCGAGCUUAGCGUUUUCGAGAAGUCGUAUGCCCUUGGAGAAUUUGAAGGUCCUAAGCUUGCAGAAGGAUGUCUUGGAAAUGAGAUUCCAGAGGAAGAGGAACCAACGCCGAUCGAGCCCGCUGAUCCUGAGGAGAGUUCGACUCGAUCCGUCGAGCCCGUCGAGAACCCGAUCUAUGAGCUGCCACCAGUGCCGACGCUCCUUCAGGGUCAACCCGUAAAAGACUCUGUGCCCUUGAAGGCUGGCCAAGUUCGCAUCUCGGAUGUGACUAACGCAGCAUACCUUGUGGCUGGCGACGAUGGCAGCAUCUACCUCGGUUCCGCUUCGAAUCCCGAUACCGUGUUCGACAUGUCCUCGAAUGUGACCUACGGGGCCAAAGGAAAGUUCCUGGCGUGGCAUCCCGACAGCAUGGCUGCAUACGGAGUUUCUCGUUUCCGCCUUGUGGAUGUUGAAAGCGGCACACGAGGCCAGAACUUCGCCAUGAUUGUUCCUGGUGAGCGAAACAUUUACACGAUCAGAGGAAGCAAGUGGGGUCCUGAGGCAACCGACCUGACCUAUGGCCUGGUGUGGUGCAAUUCCCCUGCGUAUACUGCAGCCAAGGUCUUCCUGGUGCGGACGCACGAGGCUGGCACAGCAAUGUUGAAAUCACCCGAUGUGCAAUGGCUGGUCACUGGUGCCGAGGUUACACAGUGUGCGCCGUUGAUUCUGACGCAUCCUGGGUUCCUGCCGUUGAUGGCUUAA